UACGACCAGCCAUUUUGUUAGCUGACGCAAAAACAGCUGCUAAUAAUUUGCUCAUUUUGCUUGAGUUUCGUAUUUUAAACUGACAAAAUAAGAGAACCGCUUGCUGGCGUUUGUGACGCACAACUGUCAGGCACACAGAAGGAGGACUGGUGCGUUUACUGGAUCAAAACAAAACGCGGUACUAGAUCUUUUUUUCCCCCAAGCAGCGUGCGUUCGCUAGCUUGUUAGCUAGCUAGCUUAGCCUGUGGAGAAAAGAAAACGUUCGAGAUUCAUGGCCGCCAGCUAUUAAAUGUCUCUGACAGAGUUCUGAAGGUUACUGUUUAACAUAUUUGCGUUCCUUUGGUAAAACCUGUAGAAGUCCGGUUGGACUGUGACCGCUGAUCGGGGCUCGGCUGUGACCAUGUCGGAGCUCUACAUUCGCGUGGCUGAGGAUGAAGCUGAAGAGCCGAUGGAGAUCCCCUCAGAAGACGACGGCACCGUCUUGCUGUCGUCGGUAGCGGCGCAGUUUCCAGGAGCGUGCGGGCUCCGCUACAGGAACCCGGAGUCCCAGUGUAUGCGGGGUGUCCGGCUGGUGGAAGGUGUCCUGCACGCACCCGAGAACGACUGGGGAAACCUGGUCUACGUCGUCAACUACCCCAAAGAUAAUAAAAGGAAGAUGGAAGAAAUAGAUGCUGCCUCGGCUGUGAAAGUCAAAAGGGGCUUUCAGAAGACGUCAGAUCUCAUUGUGCUCGGGUUACCAUGGAAAACUUCAGAACAAGACCUCAAAGAUUACUUCAGUACCUUUGGGGAGGUGAUCAUGGUGCAGGUCAAGAGAGAUGCAAAGACUGGAAACUCCAAAGGGUUUGGUUUUGUCCGGUUCACCGAUUAUGAGAUUCAAACCAAAGUGAUUUCUCAGAGACAUAUGAUUGAUGGACGAUGGUGUGACUGCAAACUUCCCAACUCAAAGGCGUGUCCCGAUGAGCCUAUGCGCAGCCGUAAAAUCUUUGUGGGCCGCUGUACGGAGGACAUGACUCCCGACGAGCUGAGGCAGUACUUCAUGCAGUACGGCGAGGUCACUGACGUUUUCAUCCCCAAACCUUUCAGAGCUUUUGCCUUUGUCACAUUCGCUGAUGACCAGGUUGCCCAAGCUUUGUGUGGAGAGGAUUUGAUCAUCAAGGGCGUCAGUGUGCACAUCUCCAACGCCGAGCCCAAACACAAUAAUAUUCACCGACUCUUUCGCAAUUUCCCUGGAGGAUUCGCCUCAUUGGCAGCAAUGUUUGGCACGUCUCGGUAUCAAUUCCCUUCCUCCCAUGUGUAAAUGCUUUUCCAUCAAAGACAGCUUCACUCUGCAUAUACUGUUUUAGACGGCUCCUCGGACGUGGACAGCCCAGGUUUUCGUCUGAAUCCUGGUUGGGGCUCAGUUAUGCAGAAGCUGAAGACGAAUUAUUGGCUCGACCGGAACAAUCCAGCCACAACCUCGGCCUUAAAGGAGCAGAAGCAACAAGAACCAUUGGAUCAUCCUGAAUUCAAACAAUAAAGUGGACCAUAAACACCCUGAGGUAUUUUAUACCUUCAACUGCCACAAAUAGAAGCAAAGUCACACCUGCAGUUUGGCACCAAUUACCAGUUUGUCAUCUCCGAAAAUCUGCUUUCAGUCUCAAAUAGAAGUUUUGCUUCGAAAUCUUCUGUGCUUCAAUAAUUUGUGGAAAUAUUAGUCAUUUUCUCAAUGUGGUUCUGAAGCGUUGAGACAGAGUAAUUUUUGUUUGCCUAGAUUGUAAAGUGGUUUGAAAAAUCUGGGCGGAGUCAUGUUUGGAAAGGGACUGGAAACUGAACAUGCCUGCAGGACUUCACAAUUUUUUGUAAUGAAUAUUUUAGUGUGGUGUAAAAUAAAGCUUUCAGUUUGUAAUCA